CGCUGGGAGGAGACGGGACACUCACCCACUCAGUCAAAGCCAGAUAGCGGAGAGCUCACAACCACCAUCUCUCCCCAUCUCGGACAAAGCCUAACGUAACUGAACAUCACUUCGCACUAGAGACACUGUGCCAUUUCUUCGAAGAGGCCACAAGUAAGGGAUUUUUUUCUCAAUUUACAAAUCCCAGAUCAGUGAGGUGUGUGUGAUUGUUCCCAGCAAACGGCAGAAGGAUGAACAGCUUCGAUCUGGAUGAGCUGUUCGACACGUGGGAGGACCUGAACCUCACAGGCCUCCUGGAGAACGGGACGCGCGUGGAGAUGGGUGGCUGUCCCACGGCCUUCGACCGCAGCGCCCUGCUCCACUCCAUGUGCAUCCUCUACGUCUUCAUCUUCGUGGUUGGUUUGGCCGCCAACGGCCUCGUCCUCUGGAUCAACAUCCGCGCCCAGCGCACCACCUCCGGCUCCUCCCCUCGCCACGAGACCCACCUAUACAUCGCCCACCUGGCGGCAGCUGACCUGUGCGUGUGCGUCACGUUGCCCGUGUGGGUGAGCUCCCUGGCACAGCACGGCCACUGGCCCUUCAGCGAGUUGGCGUGUAAGCUCACCCACCUGCUCUUCUCCGUUAACCUCUUCAGCUCCAUCUUCUUCCUGGCCUGUAUGAGCGUCGACCGCUACCUGAGCGUGACGCGGCCGGCCGACAGUGAGGAUGGGGGCCGGCGCCGGAAGCUGAUUCGCCACGGCGUGUGCAUGGGGGUGUGGCUCCUGGCUCUGGUGGCUUCCCUGCCGGACACUUACUUCCUGCGGGCUCUGAGGUCAUCACAAGGGGAGGUAGUGCUGUGCAGGCCGGUGUACCCAGAGGAACACCCUAGGGAGUGGAUGGUAGGGGUCCAGCUGAGCUUCAUACUGCUUGGCUUCAUCAUCCCCUUCCCUGUCAUUGCUCUGGCCUAUGCCCUCCUGGCCAAAGCACUCUCCUCCUCCUCCUUUUCCUCCUCGGCAGUGGAGCAGGAGCGUUGUGUGAGCCGCAGGGUGAUCCUGGCCUACAUAGUGGUGUUCCUCGGCUGCUGGGGGCCCUACCACGGGGUGCUCCUGGCCGAUGCCCUCUCCCUGCUGGGCCUGGUUCCUCUGAGCUGUGGGCUGGAGAACGCCCUCUACGUGGCGCUGCAUCUCACCCAGUGUCUGUCCCUGCUCCACUGCUGCUUCAACCCCAUCCUCUACAACUUCAUCAACAGGAACUACCGCUACGACCUGAUGAAGGCCUUCAUCUUUAAGUACUCCACACGUACAGGCCUGGCCAGGCUCAUAGAACAGACCCAUGUCUCUGAGACAGAGUACUCUGCCGUCGCUGUGGAGAACACACCACAGAUCUGAGACUGAACUCUAGAACACACUCUGGAACUCAAAAACACAUCAAGAACAUUUAGAACAUAGUCUAGAUCAGUGGUCACCAACUGGUCCAUCUCCAAGGAUUUCCUAGUCGAUCGCCAAACAUUUCUGUAAAAAGCCCAACGAUAAAGCCUUGCGUUCUUAAUUGUCACGCUGUUUGCGGUWGGUGCACUUCAUUCAGCUGCCCGAAGUGCCGCGAAGUGGUAGGCCACACAAGCUCACAGAACGGUCUGUCCUAGCAUUGCCUGUAUUCGAGCUGCAGCAGUGAUUGUAUAUAGAGUUCACCCAAUAGCUGCAUUAUUUUUUAAACUGCUAGAGGUGUGUGUGUGUGUGUGUGCGUACGCUAUGUGUGGACCUUAAAGUCCACUUUGUAAAUAGUUAGAAGGGCAUUGAAAUACUGUACAUAUAUUAUCAUUGUGAGAUUGUUAUUGUUCAACUUUAGAUAUAUUAUAACAUAUUUAUGGUAUGCUUCGACUUUCCAAUUUUGUAAUUUCUAUGUUUUUAAAUCAUUGUGUUGUGUAUUCAGAAGUCCAUUUCAGUAAUGUCUGUGUUCAUAAAGCUGCCUCAUUGUAAAUGAGAGUCCCUUGCUCUGUGACACCAGUCUUGCUGUCUACUUCAAUCUCAUAAUACUUUGAACCAGCUCCCUUUCCUCAUCUCCCUCCUUCUGUGACCCCUGACCUAGAAUGACUAGAGAGGUCCCGGAAUUGUCUCAGAAAAUGUUGAGUUUUCAGAACAGUGAUCAUUUAAGGAGAAGAGACAAGGAAAGGAAGCUAGGUUGGAGUGUUGACACAGCCUCGAUAUCUCUUUCACCACAUAUAGCAUAGCUGUAACUAUACAAUACGUUAUGGCUAAUAUUAGCAUUAGAGAUAAUAGUGAGACACGUGUGCUUCAUAUGGCAUCAGGGACGCUGCAUCAGCACACAGACCACACCACAGCACAGACAGUGAGGGCUUUAUGACCAAUAACCAAACACAGCUUUACUGCAUCCAUGUGUAGGCAGCCACAGCCACAAUGCUGGACAGAUGUGUAUAAAUGCUGCAGACUAUCAACACGAAAAAGAGCAAAUUGAAUUAAAACAAAUUAAUGUUUUUGCAUCUCCCCCUUUUUCUUACAAGCAAAUUAUCAUAAUCCGUUGGAUAAUUUGUCAAGUUUCACUUAUUUUCUGUUAGUCUGCAUUCCAGUUCCACCUCAGACACCGCCAAAACAACCACUAUGCGGAUGUCGGCUAAAGCGGAACUGAUUGAAYAGAGUCCUUAAGUAAAAAAAACACAAGUAUUUUCAAUAUCCUGAUAUCCAACAAAAAUGUAUGAUACUAUUCAAAUAUUGAACAGAUGUCAAACCUCUAUCCCUAGUUGGAUAUGUCCUAAACAUUUAUGUGUACAAUGCUAUUUCUGUGUGGUAGCAAACAUAUUUAGUUUGAUACGUUGUCAUGAGUCAUCGUGUUAUCUGAUURGAUGCAUAUGUAUGUGCUUCUACACCUGCAUUGCUUGCUGUUUGGGGUUUUAGGCUGGGUUUCUGUACAGCACUUCGAGAUAUUAGCUGAUGUACGAAGGGCUAUAUAAAAUAAACUUGAUUGAACUUGAUAUUACAUUGUAAGGGUUCCAAUCCUAGCAGUGAUUAUUAAAAAAAUAAAGAAACAAAGACCGACAUGUCUACAAGAAGAGGCAUUCCAUUAUAUUUUAUAGAGAUAUUUUAUGUUUACUGUAUGUUAUGGAUUUUGUUACUCAUUAAAUACCAAAAAUGUAUACUAUGUCUGAAGAUCUUUUGCUUUGCGUUAGUACUUUAAUCACAGCUUUUUAAUUAAAGUAACAAAUGGUGAAAUGUAA